AUGGACAAGGCCAAGGCAGCUAUCACCGACUUCAUGUCCAAGUCUGGACAUCACGACACCACUGUCCACGAGUCCGUUGCCCCUGCUAUUCAGCACGAGGUUGUUAAGCCCCACGUUCACGAGGAGGUUCAGACCGCUGUCGACAAAGAGGUUCACCAAGACCACUACCACCGCACUGUCCAGCCCGUCCAGGACCGCGAGGUCCUCCCUGAGACACACACUGCCAAGCUCGGCGCUGUUCAGCAGCGCGAGUUUGACCACCGUGAUCACGACAGCACAAAGAGGAACCUCAUCGACGAGCAGGCACGCUUCAAGGAUGAGCGCCGUGUAGAUGCUACCACCCACAGCCAGAGCGCUGCUGCUGCCAUUGGUGGUGAACAUGUUCACCAUCACAUCCACGAGACUAUCCAGCCUGUGGUUCAGAGGGAGACCAUCCAGCCCAACGUUGUUCACACUACCGUUCCUAUCCACGAGAUUCACCACAACAAGGCUACCCACCACAGCACCACUGCUCUGCCCGCUAUGACCAUGUCUGAGUUCACUGCCAAGGGUGGAGCUCUCACUGGCCGUGAGGAGCGCUACGACGCCUUUGAGGGUGUCCCCAAGAACAUCGGUGCCGGCACUGCUGGUGGCUUCGGCGCCAUCCGCGAGGGUGAGGGUCACCGUGACCACCACCACGUCGCUGGUGCUCCCCGCCACGGUGACUACGACAACACUGCCCGUCACGGCAACGACGCCACUGGCCUCAACCAGCGUGAGUUGAACGCUGCUCAAGGUGUCAACACUGGCUCCGGUCUCACUGGCACACACUCUCACCACCGUGAGGGAGGUGCCGCCGGCGCCCUCGCUGGUGCUGCCGCUGCUGGCGCUGCCGGCCACCACGGCCAGCAGCACAACGACUUCGCUCGCGACAACCGCACCCACACCACCAAGGAUGGUCUCCCUGAUGCCCUAACUGAGCACCGCUCAAGGGCCGAUGCUCACAACACCCACACCCGUGGCUCCUCUUCUUCCUCCUCCGACAACGGUACCGGAGAGCACAAGAAGCCUGGUCUGAUGGACAAGCUCAACCCCAAGGUUGACGCUGACGGCGAUGGCAAGCGUGGUUUCAUGAAAUAG